GUGGGGACCAGUGGGGAGGGGCAGUGGGGAAGGCAGUCAGGCAUCAAAGAUUGUAGUUUUACCCUGCGAGGAGAAUCUGCUCAGUAUAAUUCAUCAUGAAGGUAGCAGUCAUUGGAUCAGGUGCUUCUGGACUUGUUGCCAUGAAAUCGUGUAUCGAUGAAAGCAUUGAACCAGUUUGCUUCGAGCAAGAAGACACUAUCGGUGGACUGUGGAACUUCACUGAAGAAGAACGACACAGCUCAGUCUAUCGUUCUACAGUCAUCAACACAAGCAAAGAGAUGAUGUGCUUCUCUGAUUUCCCGAUUCCUAACGACUUUGCCCCUUUUAUGCACAAUACAAAGGUUAUGGAGUACUUCCAUCUUUACGCCAAACACUUUGAUUUGUACAAGUACAUUCGAUAUCAAACAAAAGUUACAGAYAUACGAARGGCUGGAGACUACGACGACACGGGAAACUGGGAAGUGUGUUAUGUAAGUCUUAUCGGUGCAGAAGCUAAUGUAGUCAAGACGGAAGUAUACAAUGCUGUUAUGGUAUGCAUUGGACACCAUUCCAGUCCACACUGGCCAUCCUUUCAAGGAAUGGAUGAAUUUAAUGGCAUUAAAAUCCACAGUCAUGCUUACAAGGAUUUCAGACGCUUUGAGGACAAAAGAGUUUUGAUCGUAGGUAUUGGUGAUUCUGGUAGUGACAUUGCAGUAGAACUAAGUCGGCAUGCUUCACAAGUGUAUCUCAGUACCAGAAAAGGAUCAUGGGUGCUUUCAAGAUUGCAUGAGAGUAGUGUUCCAAUUGACCAUUGGGCCAAUCGUCGCAUACUUCAACUCUUGCCCAAAUCCUUUGUUGGCGACUUGAUAAAAGCUCAGGUAAACAAGAAGUUUGAUCAUAGGUGUUUUGGACUUGAGCCAGAUCACUCUCCUUUACAGCAACAUCCAACACUUAAUGAUGAUCUUCCUAAUAGGAUUAUCAAUGGAACAAUUAUUGUAAAGCCAAAUAUAGCUCACUUCACAAAGUCUAGGGUAGUCUUUGAGGAUAAAACUGCAGUUGAUUUGGAUGCAGUCAUCUUCUGCACAGGUUAUGACAUUGGAUUUUCCUUUAUUGACAAGUCUAUCAUCCCAGUAGAUGAUAAUGAUGUUACUCUGUACAAGUAUAUUUUUCCACCUCACCUCCCCAAGUGGAGUCUUGCUGUCAUAGGGUGUUUCCAACCCCUAGGGGCUAUCAACCCUUUAGCUGAACUUCAAUGUCGUUGGGCAACUCGUGUCUUCAAAGGAAUCCUAAAGCUACCCAGUGAAGGCGAUAUGAUGAACGACAUCAAGAAGAAGAAAGAAGAAAUGAGAAAGAGGUAUUACACAUCAAGGAGGCAUACUAUUCAGGUUGAGUACAUAUCAUACUGCGAUGAGUUAGCUGAACAGGUUGGAUGUAAGCCUUCUUUCUUGAAUCUGUUGUUAUCAGACCCAGCCCUUGCUUUGCGAUGUUUCGUCGGCCCUUGUACCCCUCCCCAGUACCGUCUAACAGGGCCUGGAGUCUGGCCUGGGGCGAGGGAAGCCAUCAUGAAUGCUGAUAUCAAUAUUAUGCAUUCAACAAAGACUAGAGUAGUUAAACAUGAGAAAGGAGAUAAUUCUUCACUUCCACUGGCAUUUACUGCAAUUGUCUUCCUUGUAAUAAUGAUUGCAAUGUUAUUGAGAAAAUAGAGUGUUUGCACCACCACGUGACGGCAGCCAUGUUAGAAUGCAGUUUUACAUGAGAAAGAAUAGGACGUUAGCAGAUGGCGUAAUUGACCUUUUCUACCAGACUCACUUGCACACUUUCUUUUGUUAAGUUACACCCAUUAUCUUACUAUUCUCAUGAAGGAAUACAAAUUUAAAUGAGUAAGAAAAUUCGCCAAGCAUCUUGGUAGUGGGAGUCAAAUAACGCCAUGUCUACACUAAUGCUUUUUCCAAACGCUCCGUCUCGUUUCGGCGCCGAAAACGCAUCAAAAGCUUCGCGUCCACAUAAGCGUUUUCGUUUCCUACACUGAAACGAUCAAAAAUGCAAAUAAUGCAAUAUUGUCAUCUACGCAUGAAGAAAACAGACAUGCCGGUGCGCACGCCCGGCUCCGUUUUCGCCCGAAUACUAUAGGCAUCCCGUUUCAAAUCCUAUAGUUAGCAAGGCCAAAACGCAAAAAAUUCAUCUCGAGUGGGUAACGAAAGUAUCUCAUCGAGUUAGGAACUGAUUAUUAGGGACCUUAAGCUGCAGGACGGCAACGACGACGACGACGGCAACCAUACAAUAGCACUAAUUGCGCUAUUCCAUAGAUCCUCGUUGGAAUGUACGAAAUACUGUGCAUCAUUGCCGUCUUAUGCUGAAGGUAAGACGUGAAAUGUCCUAUUUUUACGUACUUAAGAGAACGGCUACGCCAAAGGCUUAUCUUUGCCGAUUUUCGUUAUAAGUAUAGCGCUCCCAAAAGACGUCAUUCCACUCUAAAACGGGGAUGCUUAUUGAGUAAAAUACUAGGUAAACACGAAAUAAUAAUACAAUAGAAGAUUAAAGCGCCUCAAUUUCGCCCACGUUGCUGUCCUGCAGCUUAAGGUCCCUAUUAUGUACCGGGGGGGGAGGGCCGGAAAAAAGGAAACCCCAUGACCAGUUCCUUAGGGAGUGUCACGUGAUUCGGCAAGUACUGUCAAAUUUAAACAUAUCGAGGGUUUUUCUCCGGGUUUUUCGCUUUUUCUCCCUCCGCAAAGGCCAACUUCAAUCAUAAUACGAUGGCUACAGGUUUCUUAUCCACUGGCUGCUAAGUACUAACCUUGUAAAACAAGGACGAUUAAGUAGAACGGACGCAACAGCUUUAGCAUAUCGGUAAAACAAAAGAGAAUAUUAAGUAAGCUUACUUCAUAUUCUCUUGGUAAAACAAAGGCAAAACUUGUGAAUGAAAACGUGUUUCAUACACAUGAGCCUAGUUAAUAGAGGGGUAUGGUUAGGAAGUGAACAGACCAAAAUCUUUCUUUUGGCUGCUAGUUCAAAAUACUUAAAGAUUUAUAAGAGGUAUUUGAAUAUUCCUUCCAACAAUCCAUAGACAAUUUUUUUUGCAAUUUCGAAGGAUGAGCAUAAAUCAAACAUUGUGCAUGGUCAAGACCGGUUCAACAUCGAAAGCGAACAAAGUCCUAAUAACAAUAUUUCCUAACCAUUCCCCUCUAUCAACUAUGACAUGAGCAAGUAAAACUUCAAAAGUAUCGUAGAAAACUUGCUCGAAUGUAACCUGAUUAAACUAAUAUUAAAUGAGGUGAUAGAACCAUGGAAUAAAAUGUAUAUUUUCGAUAAACGAUAUUUUUGGAAUAACAUUUCAUUUAAAGGCUGUGCGGCUGAA